GACGGAAAAUAAAUUUUAAGACCUACACGAGUAGUAAUAAAAUCACUGCAGACGACAAGAUACAAUGAGGACUUUACUGAUUUUCACUUUACUGUUUGCUAUGGGCGCAUGCUUACCUGCAAUAACCACAUCGUAUUCUAUUCCUCCAGAAGACCUGGAUGGAUCGGGACAUGAUCUGGAAAGUUCUGGCUCAGGUUCAGGGGAAUGGGCAGAAGUGUCCAAAGGCUCAGUGAGGUUUACCACAAUCUCAACAUUUACUAUGACAAUGAGUGAAGAUGACUUAAUGUUCAAUGCCAUUGAUGAAGAGGAUAAAACCGUCCCAAUUAUAAUGACAGACAACACCAGAAAUAAAAUAUCAGACUCAGACUUGACCUUUGACAAAAGGCCUAAGCUAGAUGACAACAACGGAUCAGCCAUUGGCAAUGUGGCAAAGAGUGGUGGUCUUCUAGCAAACAAAGAAGCUCUUGCAGCUAUUAUUGCAGGAGGGGUGGUGGGACUGGCCUUGGCUGCCUCCCUGUUAACAAUCAUGGUCUAUAACAUGAAGAAGAAAGAUGAGGGGGGCUACACUGUCAACCAGAAAAACACAUCAAAAGGAGGAUAUCAGAAACCGAAGACCAAGGAGGAGUUUAUUGCGUAACUUCCCCUUAAAGACAAAAUAAUGUCUCAUUUUUGAGAGUAAGAAGUUGGUUGGGUUUGCGCCAUGAGAAAAUUCACAGCAGAAAAUGCAAACUUGUGGUGUAUUCGAGGUUUAAAAAGACGGUAACACUUUACUUGACACCCAGCAUCAUAACACAUAACAUGGUCAUAACCAUGUCAUAUGUCAUAACAGCUGACAUAACUUGUCAUAUGGUCAUAACACUGUCAUGACACAUAAACAGCAAAAAAAGAAAUGUCCUCUCACUGUCAACUGUGUUUAUUUCCAGCAAACUUAACAUGUGUAAAUAUUUGUAUGAACAUAAGAUUCAACAACUGAGACAAACUGAACAGGUUCCACAGACAUGUGACUAACAGAAAUUGAAUAAUGUGUCCCUGAACAAAAGAGGGGGGGGGAGUCAAAAUAAAAAAUAACAGUCAGUAUCUGGUGUGGCCACCAGCUGCAUUAGGUAUUGCAGUGAAUCUCCUCCUCAUGAACUGCACCAGAUUUGCCAGUUCUUGCUGUGAGAUGUUACCCCCCUCUUCCACCAAGGUACCUGCAAGUUCCCGGACAUUUUUUGGGGGAAUGGCCCUAGACUUCACCCUCUGAUCCAACAUGUCCCAGACAUGCUCGAUGGGAUUGAGAUCCGGGUUCUUUGCUGGCCAUGGCAGAACACUGACAUUCCUGCCUUGCAGGAAAUCACGCACAGAACAAGCAGUAUGGCUGGUGGCAAUG